UAAAUGAUAAAAAUUAAGGAAGACAUUUUGGUUUUUUAUUGUCCACUUGGCAUAUGCUUCUGGAAUAAUAUUCACCAUGGUUUUGGAUGACCUUCCAAACUUAGAAGACAUCUAUACUCCCUUGUGUUCAUCAACAGUGGAGGACUCAGAGAUGGAUUUUGACUCUGGGCUAGAAGACGAUGACUCAAGAAGUGAUAGUAUUUUGGAGGAUUCCACGAUCUUUGUGGCCUUCAAAGGAAAUACAGAUGAUAAAGACUUCAAAUGGAAACUGGACACAAUACUGGAGAAAGUGCCCGAUUUGUUACACAUGGAAUCCAGCAAGCUAAAGGUACAGAAGGUAGAGGCCUGGAACAGGGUGCACGUGACAUUCAACAUCUCCCGGGAAGCAGCGGAGCGGCUACGGACCCUGGCUCAGGGCAACAACCAGCAGCUUCGGGAUCUGGGAAUUCUCUCCGUUCAGACUGAAGGGGAAGGUGCUAUCAACCUGGCUUUGGCUCAGAACCAAAGCCAAGAUGUGAGAAUGAAUGGACUCAUGGGAGCUGGAAAUUCAGUUAGGAUGGAGGUGGGAUUUCCCAUGGCAGGUGGUCCAGGAAUGCCUAAACAGCUCCCACCUGGCUUCUCAACAGGACAGGCCAAUCCGAACUUUAUGCACGGUCAGGUGCCUUCGACCACAACAACUACCCCUGGGAAUUCAGGAGCCCCUCAGCUGCAAGCAAAUCAAAAUGUCCAGCAUGCAGGUGGUCAAGGAGCUGGUCCUCCUCAAAACCAGAUGCAGGUGUCCCACGGGCCACCAAAUAUGAUGCAGCCCAGCCCCAAGGCAAUUCAUGGCAACAUGAACAGCCAACAGACUGGUAGUUCUGGGGUUCCUCAGGUGAACCUGGGCAACAUGCAAGGCCAACCCCAGCAGGGCCCACCAUCUCAGCUGAUGAGCAUGCACCAGCAGAUCUUGCCCUCCCAGGGCCAGAAGGUCCAGCAACAAGGAACCCUGAACCCUCAGAACCCUAUGAUCCUUUCAAGGGCCCAGCUUAUUAUCCAGCAGGGUCAGAUGACGGUGGAUCCUCAGAGCCAAAAUCUUGGGCCCUCGCCCCAGAGGAUGACCCCACCCAAGCAGAUGCUUCCCCAGCAGGGCUCACAAAUGAUGGCGCCACAUAACCAGAUGAUGGGGCCUCAGGGGCAAGUUUUGCUUCAACAGAACCCAAUGAUAGAGCAGAUUAUGACCAAUCAGAUGCAGGGGAAUAAGCAACAGUUUAACAUUCAGAACCAAUCUAAUGUCAUGUAGGGACCAGCACAGAUAACGAGAAGACCAACUCCAAACAUGCAAGGAAACAUGGUGCAGUUUAUGGGACAGAUGUCAGGACAGAUGCUGCCCCAGCAAGGGCCCAUGAACUACAGUCCAUCUCAGGCUAUGGGGAUUCAAGGGCAGGCCUUGAGGCCACCAGGGCCCAGCCCACAUAUGGCCCAGCAGCAUGGCAAUCCUGCUACUACAGCAAAUAAUGAUGUCAGCUUGUCUCAGAUGAUGCUUGACGUCAGCAUGCAACAAAGAAACAUGGUCCCCCGCUCCGCCGCCGUGCAGGCCAUGCUGGGAAACAGUGUCUCGGGAAACCACUUCUCAGGCCAUGGGAUGCCUUUCAAUGCACCUUUCAGUGGAGCACCCAAUGGAAAUCAGAUGUCCUGUGGUCAGAGAGGCUUCCCAGUCAGUAAGGAUGUCACGCUAACAAGCCCAUUGUUGGUCAACUUACUGCAGAGUGAUAUCUCUGCAGGCCAUUUUGGGGUAAACAAUAAGCAAAAUAAUACCAAUGCAAAAAAACUGAAGAAGAAGAAACCCCCUCGGAAGAAGAAAAAUAGUCAGCAGGAUCUAAACACCCCAGGUACUCGCCCACCUGGUCUGGAGGAGGCUGAUGCACCAUUGCCUAGAGAACAAGGAAUUAACUUGGACAACUCAGGCCCUAAACUGCCAGAAUUUUCAAAGCGGCCACCAGCCCCUUCACAGAGUUUAGUCCCAAAGGAAACUCCAGCCACAGCACUGCAGGGGUCUGUUCCCAGACCAGAACUCGAGGCAAAUGCUGCCAUAGUCUCUAGACAAAGCAGUGAGCCCAAAGAGAUAACUGAAAAGUCCAAAACUCCAAGCCAAAGAAACUCCCGAACUGAAGAGCCAGCUGUGGCUUCUGAAAGUGUGGAAAAUGGACAUCGUAAGCCAUCCUCUCGGCCUGCUUCAGCCUCCAGCCUGACUAAGACAUAACCAGUGGGCUUCCCUGACAUAACCAGUGCAGUGCAAUCCAAGCGAAGAAAAUCCAAGUAA